CCGGCGCGGGCCGGGCGGGCGCCAUGGGGCGGUCCGGGGUGACCGCGCCGCUCCCGCCCCGCAGGCAUGGACGAUGGGUUCCUCAUGGAGGUGUGCGUGGACUCGGUGGAGUCCGCCGUCAACGCGGAGCGCGGAGGUGCCGGGCGGAUCGAGCUGUGCGCCGGCCUCGUGGAAGGAGGGACCACCCCGAGCAUGGGUGAGCCGCGCCCGCCGCUGGGCCGCCUUCCCCGUCGGUGUCCCCCGCCGCCCUCCGCCCCGCUCGGCGCCGGCCGCGGCCCGUCCGGCCGCGCUGAGCCGCCCCGUCCCGCCGGCAGGGCUGCUGCAGGUGGUGAAGCAGUGCGUGCGGGUGCCGGUGUUCGUCAUGAUCCGGCCCCGCGGCGGGGAUUUCCUGUACUCGGACCGGGAGGUGGAGGUGAUGAAAGCCGACAUCCGCCUGGCCAAGCUGCACGGCGCGGACGGGCUGGUGUUCGGGGCCCUCACCGAGGACGGGCGCAUCGACACCGAGCUCUGCACGGCGCUGCUGGCCGUGUGCCGUCCCCUGCCAGUCACGUUUCACCGCGCAUUUGACAUGGUGCAUGACCCUCUGGUGGCACUGGAGACCCUGAUUUCCCUGGGCUUUGAGCGGGUGCUCACGAGUGGCUGUGACAGCUCAGCCCUGGAAGGAUUGUCCUUGAUUAAGAGGCUUGCAGAACAGGCAAAGGGCAGAAUUGUGGUGGUGCCAGGAGGUGGCAUCACGGAGCGCAACCUGCAGAGGAUUCUGGAAGGCUCCACUGCUUCUGAGUUUCACUGCUCUGCUCGCUCAGCUCGGGACUCAGGGAUGAAGUUCAGAAAUCCGAACGUUGCCAUGGGAGCGUCCUUCUCUGCCCCCGAGUACUCCAUAAAGGUGGCAGACGUGGCCAAAGUGAGGACCCUGAACGCCAUUGCCAAGAACAUUCUGUAGUGGAGGGCACCGUGCUGGGCCAAGAGCACAGAGACUCCAGGGUGUGCCCUGGCACACGGACUGAUGGGCACUGCUUCAUCCUCAGGCUGCAGAGGACGUGCACUAGGUGAUGGAGCCUGACACCUCUUCCCUUGGCUUCCCCUGAAGUCCCUGGCCUGGAAACUUAUGUUGGCCGUUUUAAAGAAAAGGACUCAUUUCCAGAUGUUGCAGCAGCAGCUGCUGGGCAGCAUUUGGGAGGAAGGGAGGUGAGCAAGUAGGGGGACUGAAUUGUAUAGCACUGCAUGUGAUUGUCAAAUAAACACUGCAGCUGCCCCCCU